AGGGAGGAGAAAACAGGAGGAGAGAGUAUGAAGCGAGGGGGGCGGCAGGAGGAAAACAUUAGACCCCGUUCCCUCUCGUGGUGAGGAAGGUUUUAUCGUUUUACUCGCAAAGAGAAAAACCCACCGGCCACGCGCAGCUACACACGCACGAUCAGUAUGAUGGACAGAUAACAGAAGGAGAAAGAGGAAAAGAAGAUGUCGUUCUUUGGCCUGGAUUGUGUCAAGAAGACACAGAGCGAGCUGGAGAGGAAACUCAGAGCCAACGACCGCGACUACAACCUCUCCUUUAAAUAUGCAACAAAUGCCAUCAAGACCUCCAAGUACAAUGUCUUCACAUUCCUACCUCUCAACCUAUUUGAACAGUUCCAGAGAAUUGCGAACGCCUACUUUCUUGUUCUGCUGGUGCUCCAGGUGAUCCCUCAGAUCUCCUCUCUGUCCUGGUUUACCACUGUUGUGCCUUUGGUCCUCGUGCUGUCAGUCACUGCUGCCAAAGAUGCAACUGAUGAUAUAAAUCGCCACAGGAGCGACAAUCAAGUUAACAACCGAAAAGUUCAAGUGCUGAUUGACAGAAAGCUGCGGAGUGAGAAAUGGAUGAAUGUCCAGGUAGGAGACAUCAUCAAGCUGGAAAACAACCAGUUUGUCACAGCUGACCUCCUGCUGCUGUCCAGCAGUGAACCGCUCAACCUGGUGUACAUUGAGACAGCAGAGCUGGACGGAGAAACUAACUUGAAGGUGAGACAGGCCCUUCCCGUGACAGGAGACCUGGGGGAUGAUAUUGAAAAACUAGCUGACUUUAAUGGCGAGGUGCGCUGUGAACCCCCCAACAACCGCCUCGACCGCUUCAUGGGAACGCUAACCUACGGUGGUCAGAAAUAUCCGCUGGACAACGAGAAAAUUGUACUGCGAGGGUGCACACUGAGAAACACGGAGUGGUGCUUCGGACUGGUGCUGUUCGGAGGUCCAGAGACAAAGCUGAUGCAAAAUUGUGGGAAAACCACAUUCAAGAGGACCAGUAUAGACCGUCUGAUGAAUGUCCUGGUCCUUUGUAUUUUUGGUUUCCUGGUUGUCAUGUGCACAAUUCUGGCGAUAGGAAACUGCAUCUGGGAAAUAAAAGAGGGCUCUGAGUUCACUGUCUUCCUGCCGAGGGAAGAUGGCAACAAUGCUGGUUUCUCUGCUUUUCUCACCUUCUGGUCCUACAUCAUCAUCCUCAAUACCGUGGUUCCUAUCUCCCUCUAUGUCAGUGUGGAGAUCAUUCGGCUGGGGAACAGCUUCUACAUCGACUGGGACAGGAAGAUGUACUAUUCUCGCAACGACACCCCCGCUGAGGCCCGUACCACCACGCUGAAUGAGGAGCUCGGCCAAAUCAAAUACAUCUUCAGUGACAAAACCGGAACUCUCACUCAGAAUAUCAUGAUCUUCAACAAGUGCUCCAUCAACGGAACAUCCUAUGGAGAUGUGUAUGACUACACCGGCCAAAGAUUAGAAAUUUCAGAGUAUAAAGACCCAGUGGACUUUUCCUUCAACCCACUGGCCGACCCCCGGUUCAUGUUCCACGACCAUUCCCUGGUGGAGGCGGUGAAGCUGGAGAACCCGGAGGUCCACGCCUUCUUCAGACUACUGGCGCUCUGCCACACCGUCAUGGCCGAGGAGAAGAAGGAAGGUGAGCUUUUCUAUCUGGCCCAGUCCCCGGAUGAAGGAGCUCUGGUGACAGCAGCCAGAAACUUUGGAUUUGUCUUCCGCUCACGUACGCCAGACAGCAUUUCCAUCAUGGAAAUGGGAAAGCAGCGCAGCUACGAACUUCUGGCAAUCCUGGAUUUCAACAAUGUCCGCAAGAGGAUGUCAGUCAUAGUGCGGAGUCCAGAGGGGAAGCUGACCCUUUACUGUAAAGGCGCCGACACGAUCAUCUAUGAGCGGCUGCAUCAGUCCUGCAGCAAGCUGAUGGACGUCACUACUGAGCACCUUAACGAAUUUGCAGGGGAAGGUUUGCGAACUCUUGCACUUGCCUACAAAGAUCUUGACGAGGAGUAUUUCAACCAGUGGCAGCAGCGCCACCAAGAGGCGAGCACCGCACUGGACGACAGAGAGGGCAAACUGGACCAGCUGUACGAGGAGAUAGAGAAGGAUCUCCAGCUGCUUGGAGCAACAGCCAUAGAAGACAAGUUACAAGACGGCGUGCCUCAGACCAUUGAGCAGCUUUCCAAAGCUGACAUCAAAAUCUGGGUUCUGACUGGUGACAAGCAAGAAACUGCAGAAAACAUUGGUUACUCCUGCAACCUGCUACGAGAAGAGAUGAACGAGGUCUUCAUCAUCUCGGGCAACUCCGUCGAGGAUGUCCGACAAGAACUGAGAAAUGCUCGCACCUCCAUAAAACCAGAUGCAUUAGAGAAUUCUGAGCUUUUGCCAGAUGGGAUUUUGGGUAACGGAGUGAAGGUGAUCAUGGAUGAGGUGGUUAAUGGAGAGUACGGCCUCGUUAUUAACGGACACAGUCUGGCUUUCGCCCUGGAGCACAGCUUGGAGCUGGAGUUUCUGAGGACGGCCUGCAUGUGUAAAUCCGUGAUCUGCUGCAGGGUGACUCCUCUGCAGAAGGCUCAGGUGGUCGAGCUAGUCAAGAAGUACAAACAGGCGGUCACACUGGCCAUAGGAGAUGGAGCCAAUGAUGUCAGCAUGAUCAAAGCGGCUCAUAUAGGUGUGGGCAUCUCAGGCCAGGAGGGCAUGCAGGCUGUACUGUCCAGCGACUACUCCUUCGCCCAGUUUCGCUUCCUGCAGCGCCUCCUGCUGGUGCACGGCCGCUGGUCCUACCUGCGCAUGUGCAAGUUCCUGCGCUACUUCUUCUACAAAAACUUCACCUUCACCUUCGUUCACUUCUGGUACGCCUUCUUCUGCGGCUUCUCAGCACAGACUGUGUAUGAUGAGUGGUUCAUCACCCUUUAUAAUCUGGUCUACACAGCACUACCUGUACUAGGAAUGAGUCUCUUUGAUCAGGAUGUGAAUGACGUGUGGAGUUUUCAGCACCCUCAUCUCUAUGUUCCUGGUCAACUGAACCUGUACUUCAGCAAAAAGUCCUUUUUCAAGUGUGCCCUCCACAGCUGCUACAGCUCUCUGGUGCUUUUCUUCAUCCCCUACGCCGCUUUGCAAGACACAGUGAGGGACGAUGGGAAGGACGUUGCCGACUACCAGUCCUUCGCCCUCCUCACUCAGACAUGUCUGCUGUUUGCAGUGAGCAUCCAGUUGGGGUUGGAGAUGUCUUACUGGACGGCUGUUAACACGUUCUUUGUUUUGGGCAGCCUGGCCAUGUACUUCGCUGUUACAUUCACCAUGUACAGUAAUGGCAUGUUCCUCGUCCUACCAUCAGCUUUCCCUUUUAUUGGAACAGCCCGCAAUUCUUUGAACCAGCCCAAUGUUUGGCUAACGAUCAUCCUCACCUCCACCCUGUGCGUCCUUCCUGUGGUUACCUGCCGCUUCCUGUUGAUUCAACUCUGCCCGACCAUCAAUGACAAGGUUAUGUUCAAGGUGAGACAAGCCAAAGCAACACCUCCUCCUCCUCCUCGGCGGGCCCGAAUCCGCCGCACCAGCUCCCGCCGCUCGGGCUACGCCUUCUCCCACACACAGGGCUACGGCGACCUGGUGACAUCAGGCCGCUUUCUGCGACGUCCCGCCAAAUCGCUUUCUUCUGGCUUUGCCCACGCUGGUCGCAGCACCUCAGGCUUCAGUCCUAUGGGGCGAUCAGCAGGUUACAGCCCGACGGGACGCCCUCAGAACACCAAGGUCCCAGAUGUGGAGGUGACUUCGUUGCAGAUGUUCAGGACGAUCGCAGAUCCGGCACUGUGACAGGCAGAAUAUAGGAUGUUUUUUUGGAGAAGUUUUGGGAGCAGAACAUGUUGCUCUCACUUUUGUCACAGAGACAAACUUGCUUGGGCUUCCCGGAAAGCUUGGAGCUCUUUCAUGGUCUGUCUUUAAUCUGCUUUCUCUGAAGAGGAGGUUUGAAACAUUCACAUCUCCACAAAUUUGUUUUUAUUAAAGGGAACAAAAGAAGAAUGUGUUACCACUUCUGAAAGGUGUAUUGACCUUCAAUGUUGAUGUAAAACCUGAAUCACACAGAGCAGACAGAAGUCAUCCUGACACUAGAGACCCAGAAACAUGGCCGUUAUCCUUCAGAUAGAAACAACCACAGAAGGGAAACAAGAGGAGGACAAGAUGUCGUCGUGUUUACAGGCUGUCCAGCUUUUAUUAAUGCUGGGAGUCCAGAUGCACAGCACUGCUUUGUACAAAGAAAAAAAUCAGCAAAGUCGUGCUGCUUUAAAUAAUUUAAUUUUAUACUUUAAAAUCCCUUUUUUUAUUUUACAUUUUGUUUUUCUAUCUUGAAAGCUGCACAAGCAGUCUGGCACUUUGGCUGUCUCACUGAAUGCCUGAAAUAUGAAAAAUGUAAACUACGCCCACCUUCUUUUUACUCUCAAGAAUUAAAGAGUCAUUGCAUAAAAAAAAUUGGUACAAUUUAAGUCCCUCUCACCUUUUUGGCUGUAUUUUAUCUAUUAGGUCUCCAAAAUGUAUUUUUAAACAGCGCUUUAUAAAAUGAUAAUUCUAAUUUUUACUUUAUUAAUCCAAAUCGGGAAAGUUAAUACUAGAGAGCAGUGGGCUGCUAUAGAUCAGCAUCCGAGGAGCAGUUGGGAGGGUAAUUUAGUUUACCUCUGUUGGCACACCUGGGACUUGAACCGCUGUAUCUACCCGGCUACCACUCCUAUCGAAAUGUUUCUCUAAUACAGUGUAAAACAUAUUGAUACAGUUUUUUCUUUUUAUCACAAAUGAUUUUGUUUUUUCAGUUGCCACCUAUUUUGUCAUGUUCCUUGUGGCCUUUUAUGAAAGUAUCCUUUACCUAGAAAAUAACAAAUAAGAAAAGUCCAUACAUUUUAAUUUCAACUUAAACAUUUAUUUCUGUUUUUUUGCUAGUAAUUUUUUUUUCUAAAUAAACUGAUAAUUAUUCAUUAUCAGUGCUGAGCAUGAACUCAGCACUGACGUUUUUCGGACAACACACCACCAGGGACGGCCAAGAGGCUUCUUUCUUUUACUAUAUUUUGUUCAUUUAUGUUGUAAUCUUGAGGAUGUCAAACUCAAUGACUCAACACUGUUACAUGGAAAAAAGAAACAAAACUCUAGUUUAAUAAUAAGGUUUUUGUUAUUUCGAGAAUGUAGGAUAUUUCUGAAUCUUGUGCAUGUCAAAGCUCUCUCUCUCUCUGGCAUUCAGUUUGUAGAGCUGUGGUCAUUUUGAGGAAACAUCACAAAGAUGAUACGUGUUUAAUUGUAAUGGGUUGUGAGAGUGUGAUGUGGUUGUGGUUAUAGUUUGGUUAUGUAGAAGUCCCAUUUGUACCGUUCCCAUGGAUUGACUUAAAAAUGUCUUUAUGACAGGAUCCAACCUUUUGGCCCCUUCAGAGUAUUUCAUUUCUUCCUUUCCCUUUAAAAAAACAACCAUCAGUAAACUUAAAAUAACUUUACUGUUUAUAAAACUGUAUUUUUCUUUGAAAAAAAAGAAAGCCAUUAAUAAUAUCAAUUUUGGACUUUGAGAUUAUGAAAACCUUUUGCACAUGGAUGUUUUUUCUUAAUCGUCCUUCAUUCUUUCCCUUUAUUAAAUGAGUAUUCAAUCCUUUUAAAUCCUAUGAUUUAAAACGUGCCCUUUUAUUGCAUAAUUUAUGCAUAAAUAAGCCAAAAUAUUUCAAAUACAGGCUAAAAUCUGGAUUGUUUUUAGUCUUUCUGUCUGUAAAAGAGAUGAAAUGUAGCACUGCGAGACAGAAGCAGGACAGAUGUGGAAAAAGAAGAAAAGAGCUGCAGCUAUUUUCAAAUUAUUUGGUUAUCGGGGAUUUUUUGCAUCAAAUUUAUUCUGUGAAAAAGGGCCGACCAAAUUUGCCUCUGCAGUUGUGCAUUAAAUUCCCGUUUGCUCUCAAAUCCUGGAGAUUUUUUUAUUUGAUCAUGGACACGUAGCAGAAAGUUCGUAACUCAAAAGUUGGCUAUCUGCUUCUUUAUUUUUGUCUGUUACUUGAUGAUUUUAACUAUUUAGCAACUUUCAAUGUAAAUCUUGUUACAAAAUGCUUCAAAUCUUCUGCAUCGCAGCACAACAGAAGCAUUUUUGGUGUUCUGACUUGCAGCUGCAAACAGGAGUGUGUGCAUAAGGUCAGCAUUCAGUUCUAAAGCUUCGAUAGUGACACCAGAUUGUGCACUUAAGUGGGCAGAUGUUUUGUUUUCACUAUCAAACCAGCACAAAGAAAUAUGCAUAUUCUACAUAUACUACAUCUGUGGUCAACCAUAUCUAGCUGUGUUUAGAGGAUUUUUUCUUAUUGUACACACUACAAACUUGACUUGUGGUCUAUGAAUGUUUAUUUCUGCUUCAUAUUUGGUGCCUUCACAUCAGCAAUCAGGAACGUGACUCUGAAAUCAUAUAAUUCUGUUUUGUAGUGAUUUAAAAUCAUGCCUUUGCUUUAGCUGCAAGCUCUUUUUUGUAUAUGUGUGACAAUCAGCUAAUUGGAUGUAAUCACCACUUUGAAAGUGUAUUUUUGCAUAUCUUAUGUCAUAUGGGUCUCAAUACAAAAAAAAUAAUUUGCAGAUGCUGCUUUAAUAACAAAAUAUAGUCAUUUCCACUUAAUGAAACAUAGAAGUGAUUCUAAGUAUUUAACAGAUUUUUAAACAAAUAUUUUACCUUACUGAAAGUCUAAAGCAGGGAUCACAAGCUUUGGCUCUCAGGGGUCAGUGUCCUGCAGGUUUUAGAUCAGGGAUCCUUAAUCCUGGUCCUUGAGGGUUUGUGUAGAAGUGAUUGUAUAAGUUUCCCUACUUCAAAACACAUGAUUCUGUGUGUGCAGAGUUUGACAUCAACCUUUGCACAAGUCUACUGAUUAACCAUUGAUUUGAGUCAAGUGUGUUGCAGCAGGGAAACAUCUAAAACCUGCAGGACACCAGCCCUCAAGGACCAGGAUUGCAGAUUUCUGUUUAGAUGUUUCUUUGCUCACACACACCUGAUUUAAAUUAAAUUGUUCCAACAGCUUGUUACCAAGUUCUGCACAGUGACCCAUUCAUUUCAGUCAGGUGUGUUGCAGCAGGAAAACAUCCUAAACCUGCAGAACAGCAGCCACUGAGGACCAGAGUUAGAGAUUCCUGGCUUAAUGGGUUUUCCAAAUGGAUUUUAACGAUGUACAGUUAAGAUGUUUAAUAUUUGAGACUUUUCUAAAGGUGUUCAGCUCUUGCUGUUUUUCUUCCAAAGCUGAAUUUAAUUGUUAGAGAUGGAGCUCUUUUUCUCCUGAGUUGAACUCAAUUUACUCACUCUGCCCUGGUGGUUGACCAAAGAUAUUUAAAGCUGUAGUUUACAAUAAUGUAAAUGCUGAUGCUCAUCAGGCAGAAAUUGAUGCUGGAGGUCAGUGUGGAAAAGCUGUUUUAUACCACUGACAGAACAGUUGGGGCGUUUUUAUUAACAUAAAGUGUAUUUUAGGGAAAUCAGUAGUUUGUAUUUCGGGGGGGAUCUCUACAUGUUUGUAAAACUGAUUACAUACUAUAUAUUGAAAACUAUUAUUUACUAUUGGAGUUUUUCUCUUUUUUUUCAAACCUGUAUCUGUUUUUCUAAAUCCUGUAAACGCUUGGAGAAAUGGUUCAGUAGUUUAAUUUCCACUUGAGCAAGUUGGUGACAACUUGACAUUUUGUCAGGCAGCUAUGAGACAGCAGAUCUGCAAGGUUGCAGGAUUUCUUGUGAUUAGAAAAAAUGUGUUUAAAUGAGCGAAAAGAAACGAUCUCCUGCAGCAAAUUUCAUUAAGCAGCGUUAAUGCAGACUAAACGAAUUCAGUGUGACCACCAAACAGUGACAGAAUGUAUUCAGUUUUUUAUUAUUAUUAUUUUCUUUGUCUCUCUGGUACAUUUUAAUACAUUCCAGCCAUAAAUACACAUUUCAAAAUGUACCACUAUGUUAUAUAAUUGCAAGUCAUGACAUGAAGGCAGAGAGGGAUUUUUUUUAUCACAUUCUCAAACAUGAAAAGUAAUAAUAAUUUGAUUUUAGCACUGUUUUUCUGAUUACCAUUUUGUAUCUUUUUUUUAUAUCUUUGAGACAUUUUUACUGCAUUAAAAAAUCUUAAAGCUCAA